GUGGACUUGCUGCACGAUUUUGUCAGAUUUUCAUGAAAUUCUCAAAAUAUCACCCCAAAUUCAACAUGAUUUUCCAAUCAUUAGAACUUUCUGAACAUUGAUGUAAUACAGGAUGAAAUCCUGUGUUGUCUGGAAAAUUUGGCAUGGAAGGUACCAUUGUGAAUGAUUUCAAGAAAUUGCGUGUUUUUACACCUUUUGAUUUUAUCAAAAUGGACGAGCUUGUACAUGACUUGAGUACAGCGUUGGAAGAAAGCUCGAAACAACAAAAGACUAAGAGCAGUGAAAGUGUGUGCGCGGCUUACAUGAACUCCCGUAAAAUGCAGAAGAAGAAACGUGGAAAGAAAAGACGUUCCCUGCAGAGCGCUGUUUUGGAGUAUGGCAUGAUUAGCGAAGCUUCAGAGAGCAGUUUAGAUGAAGCGCUCAAAGAUUACUUAGAGAAUGUUGUUGCUCAUCAGAGUGAUUCAGAUGAAUUCACUCGAACGCAUCGAAUGACAGCUCUACAGGAUUCAGAGACUGCCAAUAUGAUGGCCAUGGUUGAAUCUGAUUCCGUGACCGAGAACUUCUCGCCUUUGCGCCCACAUAGGAGGAGACGGCGCUUCAAACGGAUGGCUGUUGACCCAAAGCCAUCUGGGUCUGUUGAAAUGGAACUACCAGAGGCAUUCAAGUCUAUGAGACGUCAACGGAAGUCAAAGACAGGAGAAAUGAGCCAGUUGUGUAACUUGACCAAUGAGAAUAAUACCAAUAGUGAGGUGGACUCAGUUGAAAAGAUGGAGGAUGAUUCUUUGGAGGAGACUGUAGCUCGUUGCCCUGUUGGCAAAAGAAAACGAACAAUGAAGCUCUGUGGAAAUAGCUUUGAUAAUGACCAAGAGAAUGCCUGUGCUGCCAUGUGCUCGCCGAGCAGUAGUUCAUUGAGUAGCAGUGAAAGUGAUGCUGGUAUCUUUACCAACGAUGAGGUGGGACGGGAAGCCGAUGAUGAGCAAAGUGAUUUCUUCCUGGAAAGUGGUCCAGCGUGUGGUAUCCCGGGUAUCAUCCCCUGGUGGGAACAGAGUGACACUAAUACUCAGGAUGAACCAAUGGACCCCAACUUUGAUCGAAUCCUGUCAGGUUCAUUUGAACACAUGAGUAAAUCAUCACAAAGAAACUUCAAAGCAAGGCUGAGUAGAUUUAUGGAUAUGCGUGGGCGAGAGAUUCGCUGUGGGAGACGUCGACUGACUGGGAAGACUCCAGGUUAUACUGUGUCUCGUUACAUCCAGGAGCAGGAACAAUGGAAGGAUGCGAGCAAGAAACAUGCAUCUUCGUGUCAUUCUGCAGAGUAUAAACGUCUCCGAAAAACACCACCAUAUGCUGAAGGCUUUGUUGGUGACGGAGCGGAUCCCAUUCCAGAUUCGAACAUUGGAAAUAAGAUGCUGCAGAACAUGGGAUGGAACCCUGGUAAUGGAUUAGGUCCAGACAGCAGCGGCAUCAAGGUACCAAUCAUGGCUUACCAGAGACCAAAGCGACAGGGUUUAGGAUGCAAUGGUUCAAAUUCCUGAAAGACACUGUUCAUUGGUUGGUUACAACUAACACCUGUUACCUGCCUGGUGCUCCUAAUUAAGUCAUCACUGAGAAAAUGUUGCAAAGCCAUUUUAGAAUAGGUCAGGAUUGUUAUGACCUUGUCUCCACUUCAUGGCAAUUUUUGGCCAUUUUACUGCCGUAGUCAAUCUAUGAAUGUAGAUGUGAUCGAGUUAGUUGUAAAUGGCUUAAUAGGGUGCUUUACAAUCAGUCCAAGAAGCUCUGCAGAAAACUUUCUGUUGACAAUUCAGUGGAGGGUGAUAGCUUAUGCUAACAUUCUGAGAGAGAGCCUAAUGUAACACUACACCCUCAUGGGGUCUGCAUGUAUGAUUUCUGUGAAAUAGUGACAGUCUUGAAGUGGGUGUAUUGAACAUUCAUGUUGUGCAAUGUUUAUUUUCAUCAAGCCUCAGAAGGUAGCACGGUUCCCAUUUAAACACAAAAUAACUGUGUCAACGCUAGUCAAAGGGCGUUUGAACGAAAGGCCUAUAUUAUGUGUAAUAGGCCUGUGUGAAACAGGCGAUGCAAAACUGGCUAAAUACCAUCUACAUAGUAUUUAAUUUGUUCACAAUAUCGUUCAUGCAAUAACUAACACUUUUCACAAUCACAUAUGCUGGUUAUCCUGUAUGAAGAAACCCCUUUAAGGUUUGAAUGGGGACUGUGAAUAGGUUAAAAGAAGUAAACGUGAAAGUUAAAAUUCUCAAAAUUUGUUAUAGAUGUUUUUCAGUUAACAACACUGAGUGAUAUUUGUUUGAAAUUGGCACGUCUUUGGUAUCCACCUUUUUACCAUCUCCCCAAAAACACAGAUUUUAGGAACGUUUUAUCCUUCAUAUUCUGUCAGGAAAGAUUUUGAGAUAUACAUUCGUUGUACAUGUACAUAUAUACUUUUAUGAUGGUAUCCAUUGGUUCUGAAAAUGUGGCAUUAAAUUCUGUUUUUCUAUAAAAUAAUUUCCUAAACAGGUGGAUUUUGAAUGUCCUAAUAACUUUGUAUAACUAUGUAGCACAACCAGUGGUGAAAUCCUGAGCAAGUUUAAGAAAAGAAUUGUUCUUGCAAGUACCGUCACCAGUCACUUGAUGCCACGAUAAAGGUUUCCUGACCUUCGGAAUAGAGGUCAUGCAAUUACGUCAUUAGGAUGGCUAUAUAGGACAUCACACAAAGUUAGCCAAGUGGGUGAGUGAUGUAAAUUUGACAUCCAAAAGGUGUCCUUGCUGUAGUGAUGUCAUCUGCAUGGCUUCUAUAAGACAGGUUUUUCUGUAGAACUUAUUCAGUGUUGUCAAGAGAAAAUAACGUUAUUUCCUCUUGGUGUUGUUGAGUAUGUCAUACUCAAGAUUUUUGAUUAUGGAUAAAGCUGAUUGCACUGUCUUAUACACUGUACAUAGAUAUUCUGGUAUUGCGUAAUCAUGUACAUGUAACUACACGUUCGUUAUCGUAGCAACUAAGAGCGAUUGAUAAUA